CUCAACCAUUGACACCACAACCUCUCUACUCCCAACUCCCUCCUCCCUCGACAAUACUGAAAAAAUGGGCGGAGUCACUGUCAAGGACGUUGAGGCGCAAAAGUUCAUCAAUGCCUAUGCUGCUUUCUUGAAGCGGCAAGGAAAGCUUCCAAUUACAGGCUGGGUUGAUACUGUCAAGACUUCGCACUCCAAAGAGCUCCCUCCCCAGGACAUUGACUGGUUCUACAUCCGCGCUGCUGCCGUCGCUCGACACGUCUACAUGCGCAAGACGGUUGGUGUAGGACGCAUGCGGAAGGCUCAUGGCUCCACCAAGAACCGCGGGUCCCGACCCUCCCACCACGUCGACGCCUCCGGCUCCGUCGACCGCAAAGUAAUGCAAGCGCUCGAGAAGAUCGGCGUCUUGGAGCAGGACGAGGACAAGGGUGGUCGAAGGAUCACACAGGCCGGCCAGCGGGAUUUGGACCGAAUCGCUAUGACCACGCUCGAGGCCGAGGAGGACGAUGACGACGAGUAGAUGUGCGCAUGUGCGAGGAUUCUGUCUGCAUAACUACCCGGCAUCUCCAUCGGGUGGGCUGGUUCAUCUGGGGUUCCUGGCGGCUUUUGGCGUUCUUGCACGCUAGACGCGAGCCUAUGAUAUUUCAAAUGAAAAUGGGCUUCGCCUGAAUUGCAGAAUCUGUGCAUUAAGCAAGUGUGAUACCCUUGUGUUCUAAACAGGUUACGCGUGCAUCAAGGUCUAAAU